CUGCUUUAAUUUCAUGUCAAUUAACUGGAUGAACAGUAGUACACUACCUCAUGAAAUGGUCACACGUUGAGGUUCAGAAGGGAAUAUUUAAAAAGUACUUUUUGUCAGGUGAAAUACUUGAUGGGAAAUGAUACAGAAACUGGUGUUUGUCAUUUUUUCAGGAGAUGGUGUCCGUUACACUUUUACCCAGAUAAAGCAGAACUAUCAUCAUCAACAGGAAGCCAGAGACAAAAGCGCACACACACGCACACACACACACACGAACAAAGAGACACAAUGAACUUUUGAAAGCUUGUUUUUUUUUAACUUUGUUUCCAAAAAUUCCUUUAUUACAACCUGUUUGUGUAAGUCUGUCUGUAUUUUUGAGUUUUUCCUUCUCCUUUUUUGAUGAAAUACCACAGAGGUGUUACAAAUGAUCUUUUCUGUCUUUUCGGUGACACGAUAUUAUGUGUGAAAAAGUGAAAUGCUUAUAGCAAAAAACUGAUUUCUUAUGAUUUAAAAUGCAAAAUCCCAUUUUCAAUGAGUUUCAAUUACCAGUUUGGGGAAAAUGGUGACAUAGAAAAGGAGAAAAAGUGAGUAAUUUCUGUAGACAUGGUGACAGGCAGGGGGAGUCUUCCACGUGGCACCGACUUUAUACUCAUUUUUAAUACUUACGGAUACGUGUAGUCGUUUCUACAGUUGGAUCAAGUCGUCACAUGGUUUGUUUCCUCUCUCUGGCACUGUAACAUUCAAACCCCAUUUCCCUAGCAGCUGCCCUCUGCCUCAACAUCUGCUCUUCAAUCAGUAACUGACACACGUAUGCCAGCCUCCUUUGUCUGCUUCUGACUUCACAAAGGCACGCAGAUUAAGGCCCUUCCCGUCCCAACAUGACGAAUGCCAGCAGCAGCAACCCUCUGGACAACGCCACCCUCUCCCUGUUACAGAAUGCAAAGAUCAGCAUUGUCAUCUCCUUUAUUUACAUGAUCGUCACUGCCAUUAACUUAUUGGGAAAUGGCUUGUCCAUGUGGCUCCUACUGUUCCGUACCUCUCCAAAGACGCCCUCCAUCAUCUUCAUGAUUAACCUGACGCUCACGGAUCUGGCCCUCGGAUCUGCACUGCCUUUUCAGAUUCACUACCAGCUGAAGGGAUACCACUGGACUUUGGGUUCAGACAUGUGCAGUUUCAUGACCCUGGUCUUCUACACCAACAUGUACUGCUCCAUCCUUACCAUGAUGGCCAUCGGUAUCGACCGCUACCUGGGCAUCGUCAGGCCCAUGAUGUUCAGACAAACUCAGAAAAGGAAGUCCAUAGCAGCCAUCAGCUGCUUUCUGAUGUGGGGUGUGGUCCUGGGGGUUCUUUAUCCUCUCAUGACCACAGACUUGACCUAUAACAUUCCCGAGCUUAAGAUUAUCACGUGCUUUGAUGUGCUGAAGAAAUCUAUGCUUCCUUCUGACACUGCCUGGGCCCUCUUCCUCUUCAGCUUAGUGUUCAUUCUCUUCUUCUUCCCGUUCUGUGUCACAACCUUCUGUUAUGUCAGCGUGAUCCGCAAGCUGGCCAAGGAUUCAAAAACAGCCCAGAAAAAGAGGGCCAAACGUUUGGCCUUUAUAGUUCUGCUAGUCUUUGUUAUCUGCUUUGCUCCAAACAACAUCCUCCUGCUGGUACAUAGUAUUUUAAGACUCUUCUUUGACAAGUCUGUCUACAUGGCCUAUAAACUGACUCUUUGUUUCAGCUGCUUAAAUAGCUGCCUGGAUCCUUUCAUUUAUUACUUUGCUUCUAAAGAUUUCAGACAGAAGUUGAGACAGAUAAUUCAUAUGCAGAGCUUGAGUAGUGGAGACUCAAUUAAGAUGGAACAUCAAGAGACUCUGUUCAGUGGUCAGUAAAAUAGGGAGGUUAGAGGAAAUGACAGUGUCAUAACCACCCAAGCUGGAUAAAAAACGGCAAAAACUUGUGAAAGAAAGUUUCUUUUUCUUCUUCUUCUUUUUGCUGUUGUAGAGCAUUAGCAAGGAUUUUAAGUGGAAUCUCUUGCAACAUCAGUUGUGGGUUGAUAUUUCAAAAUGAUCACGUUUCUGGAUGUUACUUGGAGCACAAACAAGCAAAAAAAUAAUUAUUGAUGUGACUCAAAACCAAGUAUGAUCAUUGACGUGAAUAACAAUAUUGACGUUUUAUUUAGAGGUUCUAUGAGUAUGACUCAAACUAUGUGUUUUUCAAGACUAUCUCUUAUUUUUGAAAUAAUACUGUAAAUAAAAACAUUUGUUAACCCUACAUAUCUGCAGCUGUAAAUAAAUGUAAAUAAAUUGUGCUAUUUUCUAA